CUCGACCCACGCCCAGAUAUCAGACCACUGCCCCGAAGGGCUCCGCAGUCGGACCCGCCCCCGGGCUCCACCCUGACGCUCUGGGGACACUGACACCCUCAUCUGGUCCCCUUGAGCUCAUUUGCUCCGGGUCGCCCGUUCCCGGCGCCUCCUAGCGCUGGCCUUUGGUCUCUGACCUGAGUUGCUUCCCCCGCGGUGCCCGGCCAGGCCCUCCUACUGCCUUGACUCCCGCGCACAAGAAUUGCCCUGCGCCCUCACCAAGAACUAUUAUCUUGUUUGAGUGCUGGUUUCUACUUUUCUUUCCUGAUUUUCUGAGGUACAUGUGACAACCAGGUAGAAAAAGGCCCUUUACUUCAUUUUACCUCAGCAUGAAACCACAGAAAAAUUAUUCCUUUUUGUGUCCUUAAAUCUCUUCUGGACAUUCUUCCACACACGUGACAAGGAAUUACUCUAUUCACAAAGUUUAGUGGGCUGUGCAAGGUGGCUAGCCACCUAAGGUCCAGGAGGAAAGAAGAAGGAGAAGUGCCUACAGGAAGAUAGUAGGAUCUGCUAUUGGAUCCAAUCCCAAGUGCUAUUGAAAUGCACGUCUCUGCUAAUCGAGAAAAGGUCUUUGCCUGGUUUGUAAAGCAGGGUCAGAAAACACUGUGCUGUAUCUUUAAGAACGAGCUAACCCUAUGGGAGGUGUACUUGUCACUCAGGUAUCAUUAGCCAAUAAAGCCCUCCAGGUGACCUGCCAAUCAGAAGUGGAGGAGGAAACUUCCGGGUUCCGGGUUCCGGGUUUGCAGAGAAGUGUAAGUGGAGUCAGUCGCGUGUGCUGUGCUGUUCGACUAAAACUUCUCCUGGGAACUGCGUGGAGCGCUUGGGAAAGCAAGGAAACCGCGGCAUGGUAUGGGAUAUUUAAGAAUGCAAUUACCUAUGAUGAUGUGCAUGUUGACUUCACUUGGGAAGAAUGGACUUUGCUGGAACCUUCCCAGAAGAAUCUCUACAAAGAUGUGAUGCUAGAGACCUACAGGAACCUCACUAUUAUUGGAUACAGUUGGGAAGACCAUACUAUUGAACAACAUUGCCAUCAUUCUACACUGCAUGAAAGGAAGGAAAGAAGUGAAACUGUAGAAAAACCAUCUUUAUCUACUCAGUGUCUUAAAGCCCUUGCAUAUGACAGUCAUCUUCAAAGGCCUGAAAGAACAAAUCCUAGAGAGAAACCCUAUGAAUGUAAUCAGUGUGGUAAAGCCUUUGUACGUCACAGUCAUCUUCAAAUGCAUAAAAGAACACAUACUGGAGAAAAACCAUAUGGAUGUAAUGAAUGUGAUAAAGCCUUUUCAUGUAUCAGUGAUCUUCAAAGGCAUAUAAUAAGGCAUACUGGAGAGAAACCCUAUGAAUGUAAUCUGUGUGGUAAAGCCUUUGCAUAUCACAGUCAUCUUCAAAGGCAUAUAAGAACACAUACUGGAGAGAAACCCUAUGAAUGUAAUCUGUGUGGUAAAGCCUUUGCAUAUCACAGUCAUCUUCAAAGGCAUACACGAUCCCAUACUGGAGAGAAACCCUAUGAAUGUAAUCUGUGUGGUAAAGCCUUUAAAUAUGACAGUGUUUUUAGAAGACAUAAAAGAGCCCAUACUGGAGAGAAACCCUAUGAAUGUAAUCAGUGUGGUAAAGCCUUUGCAUGUAUCAGUGAUCUUCAACAGCAUAAAAUAAGACAUACUGGAGAGAAACCCUAUAAAUGUAAUCAGUGUGAUAAAUCCUUUGUAUGUUUCAUUGAUCUUCAAAGGCAUAUAAGAACACAUACUGGAGAGAAACCCUAUGAAUGUAAUCAUUGUGGUAAAGCCUUUGCAUGUCACAGUUAUCUUCAAAGGCAUAAAAGAACACAUACUGGAGAGAAACCUUAUGAAUGCAAUCAGUGUGGUAAAGCCUUUGCAUGGUACAGUGGGCUCAAAGUACACGAAAGAAGGCAUACUGGAGAAAAACCAUAUGAAUGUAAUCACUGUGGUAAAGGAUUCACAUGUCGCCAUGCACUCAAAAUACAUGAAAGAACGCAUACUGGAGAAAGACCAUAUGAAUGUCAUCAGUGUGGUAAAGCCUUUGCAUGUCACCGUGCGAUCAAAAUACAUGAAAGAAAACAUACUGGAGAAAAACCCUAUGAAUGUAAUCAAUGCGGCAAAGCCUUUGCAUAUCUCAGUAAUCUUCACAUUCAUAAAAGAACACAUACUGGAGAGAAACCGUAUGAGUGUCAUCAGUGUGGUAAAGCCUUUGCAAGUCAAGGUUAUCUUCACAUUGAUAAAAGAACAUAUCCUGCAGAGAAACCCUAUGAAUGUAGUCAGUGUAGUAAAACCUUUCAACAGAAUUUUGAACUAUGGAUGUAA